AUCCAUUCAGUUGUUCGAAACAAAUUAAAACAGCAAGUGAAUCUAUUGGAUUUUUUUUCUUGAAAAAUCAUGGAAUUGAACAUGAAAACAUUGAUAAUAUGUUUAAAAAUAGCAAAGAAUUUUUUAACCUUUCACUUAAAGAGAAAUCCAAAUAUGGAAUAACAAGUGUAAAAAACAAAGGAUAUGCUGCUGUGCAACAAGAGACACUUGAUCCAGAUAAUCCAAAGAGGGAUUUCAAAGAAUCAUUUAACUUCGGAAAGAUCCAUGAUGGAAAAGUGGUACAAGAACUUCCCUUAUUAUUUGAAGAGAAUUUGAUUGCGUUGGAAUCUUUUAUGAAGUCUUGUCAUAAAUUAUGCAUGAAAGUACUACAAGCAUUUGCCAUUGCACUUGAAAUUAAUGAAGCUGAUGGAGGACAGUAUUGGUUUGAGAGAAGACAUAGAUAUGAAGCGGAAUCAGGAGAUAUUUUAAGAAUUCUUCACUAUCCUGCUGUGAAUAAAGUUGAUUCUGAAGAUAUUCGUGCUGGAAGCCAUUCAGACUAUGGUUCACUAACCAUCCUUUUUCAAAAAGAAAUUGCGGGUCUUGAAGUUCUAUCCGCAGAUAUGAAUUGGAUACCAGUCCCCAUUCUUUCAGAUUGUAUAUUAAUCAAUAUAGGUGAUCUAUUGGAAUUUUGGAGUCAAGGAUUAUUCAAAUCCACUAAGCAUCGUGUAGUCUUUCACAAAGAAACUUUAAACCAGGAUAGAUAUAGUAUUGCUUAUUUUUGUCAUGCUGAAGAUGACGUAGGGUUAGACCCGAUUCCUAGCCGAUUCUUGGUUGCGGAUGAAAAAGGUGGCAAUAACAUAACCGCUGAAGUUAUGCCAUCCCUAACAAGCUCUUGGUCAUUAAAUAGGAACUAUGGUGUAGUCAUAGACGCUGGAAGUUCCGGAUCAAGGAUUCAAAUAUACUCUUGGAAAGAACAUGACUUCGUAAGAAAGGGCAAGGAUCCAAAGAACCUUCACAUCUUGCCUACCAUUGAACGAGGAGAUGAGUUCGGAGUAAAAUGGCAGAAAAAAGUCGAACCAGGAAUAUCUUCGUUCGCUUUGAAUCCAACUCAAGUAGGCGAAAAACAUUUGAAAGAGUUAAUAGAUUUUGCAUUGGAGGUUGUUCCACCAGAUGAAGUCUCCAAUACACCAAUAUAUUUACUCGCUACUGCUGGAAUGCGUUUGUUGCCUCCCCAACAACAAACUGCUAUACUUCAGAGUGCGUGCGAUUAUAUAAUGUUUCAAAAUCGAUUCAAAAUGAUGGACAAAUGUUCUGACCAUGUCCAAGUCAUUUCAGGUGAAAAAGAGGGUUUAUAUGGUUGGGUUGCUGUAAAUUAUUUGAUGGGAGGAUUCGAAAAAGACAAAGGAGAACAUAAAGUGGUCAAUUCAUUACAAUUAAAACAAUCAUAUGAUAAUGAUUCUAGCCCAACUAAUCAUAUAACCACUUUUGGUUUCUUGGAUAUGGGUGGUGCUAGCACACAAAUUGCUUUUGAACCUAAUUUGGAAGAAUCAAAGAAACACGCAAAUGACUUGACUUCAGUCUUUCUUUGGACUUUGGACGGUCAACAGAUGGAAUAUAAAGUAUUUGUGACCACAUUUUUGGGUUAUGGAACGAACGAAGCACGCCGUCGUUAUAUCGAUGAUCGUAUUGGAAAUUAUUCUUCCACCCACGAAAAGAUUGCGAAUCCAGAUAAUUCACGUGAACAGCCUAACGUUUUGAUAAAGGAUCCUUGUUUGCCAGUCGAUCUUCUCCUUACUGAUACAACUUUACCACCUCCACUAUAUACUUUUCAGGGAACAGGGAAAUUUGAACUUUGUUUAAAUUAUACCUACCCGUUAUUAAAUAAAUCCGUUACAUGCUCCGACGAACCUUGUUUAUUUAAUGGUGUUCAUACCCCAAAUAUUGAUUUCACCGUUAACCACUUCAUUGGAAUAUCAGAAUAUUGGUAUACUUCUCAUGACAUAUUUGACCUAGGUGGUAAAUGGGAUUAUAAAAAUUUUGAAAAGAAAGCCAUUGAUUAUUGUUCGAAUAAUUGGGACAAGAUCAUAAGUAAUUAUCAUAAGGAUGUGUUGAGUUCGACUUCAUCUGAUUUUCCUCGCUUGGAGUUGCAAUGUUUCAAAGCCGCAUGGUUAGUGAAUGUGCUACAUAAUGGAAUUGGUAUCCCGAAAUCCAUCAACUCUGGAAGUAUGGGUGAAUCACCUAUUUUUCAGAGUAUUAAUGAUAUCAAUGAUAUGCAAGUUAGUUGGACUUUGGGUAAAAUUGUUUUAGAAGCUUCAAGCACAAUACCUUUGGUAUUAGAUGCACGUCCAAAACCACCACCAAACCCUCAACACCACGGCAUACUUGGUUAUUAUAAUUUCAUGGUAGAAUGGAUCAUCGGACUUUUGUCUUUAAUAAUAAUUUUUAUUCUAGUAUGGUAUAUGUGUUCACGCAAGAAUUCAUCAAAAAAACGAGAUUCUGGAUCCAUGUAUUCACGUUUUCUUUCAUCAUUUUGGCGAGGUUCGAGAGAUAGUGGUCCAGAUUAUGGAAGAAUAGAAGGUGGGCAAUACUCACCGUCUGUUGCAAUUCAUUGGAAAUUAAUAAAUAUUUUUGCCAGAAGUAUUAAGUACAUUCGAUGGAAAUUUUUUCAGCUUAGUUUACCAUUCAAACGAGUUUUCUCAAGAAAAAAUUCUAGCGGAGAUAUAUCAUCAGUUCGAGUGGUUUAUAGUGGUGAAGAAAUGAUAUAUAUUCAUUCAUAG